CACAUGUACUGUGACCAAGGCUUCUUCAUGUAUCUGACAGAAUCCACGACUUCAUCACCCUCAGCCUUUCUACUCAUUUAUCUCUCCGGUACAUGCUCGUUCUGGAAGACCAUCGCAUGCUGUGUCUUCUCAUGGUUCAUUCCUCAUUCCUCAUUCCUCAUUUUAAUUAAUCAAUUCACCUUCAUUAUACCCGUGUUAUCGUGCAAGGGCAUCUCAAAUACUUACAAAGUGCUUCUCAGCUUCUCAACUUGCCGGGCACCCUUGACACACGCUCUGUAUGUAUUCACAUCUAGACCUCAUUCUGAAUUAUUGCAAGUCAGAUGCAACAGCCUGUGGGAGCAUUUCUCAUCAUUUCUCAGCCUUUUUUAAUAGUAAAAAUAGUCACUCGUCUCACAAGUAACACCUCUCCACGUUUUUGCAACAUCAAGUCGAACCCGACCCUAAUUGUAUAAACCUCCUUCAAAAAUCAGCACAGGCACAACUAUUUACCACCAAUAAUACAGCUGCCAUGGUUUUGGGCAUCAAUUUCAAGAAGAAGAAGAAGCCUGAGGAGGAGACUGAAUCACCACCACCUAUGAUGACCGAGAGGCAAGUUCCUGCCAUGAUUCCGCAAUCAGACUUUGAUGCCAUGGCACUUCAACCACCCAUUAACCGAUUGGCUCCUUCAUCAUCAAAGAAUUCAAUCUCGAAUCCAUCACAUGCCAGUUCAAACUUUAUGGAAGACAUCAGACAUGAGGUUAUGGUUAACUACCUCUACCAGCAACAGUGCUCACAUCUCUGGGUCAGUGAUGGAAGUGGCGAAAUCGAAGGCGUUUUGCUCAGAAAAUUGAGAAACACGUACAUGGCUUGUCCACCACAAUUAGGCAACUCUCCCUUUGCCGCAGCAUGUGCAGCUCUUAACGUUCAUGUAAGAGCUUAAGCAAUGUGUUCUUGAUUUCGAAAGCUAACUUCGGUAGUGCGCAAUGACAGUGAAUUCCCGAGUCAUCAAGACUUUCCUACAAUGCUCGCCAAAUGCCGUGGAUGUUCCGCUUCUAAAUGGCCUCAGAAUACAGAUCUUACCAACAAUUGAAGAUUUACCGCGCGCAAGGAAACUACAGUACGCUGCAUUCGUCGCAUCUGAAGCUUUACUGGUUGUAUGGGACGACGAGGCAUUACAUUUAGUCCAACGAGCCAAGGCCAUUGAAUCAGAACUGAUGGAAUUAGUGUGGAAAACCGAUGAAGAAAUAGAGGAUGAAAAGAAGAGUCCAAAUGCUGCCACCUGGGAAGUCGAUGAAGAGAGUGGUCGAUUUCUUCCAGAGACACGUGGAUUACACUUGCAAAAUACAGUUCUGGUUUCUCUUACGAUCAUAUUGAUUAUUGCAACUCUGGGUGCUGGUGUUCGUCAAGUAGCCAUUGAGACUGAGGUCGACCAGGAUUAUACCCGUCUUGCACUACUAGUCUUAACCCCCGUUCAAGUUUUUUUCACACUCUUCUUUGCUCAAGUCAUCGUUGGUUGUCUGUCUCAGCUCUUUGGGCCUGUGCAACAAAUGAGUAUUAAUUCCAAGUUUUACUCUGCUAACCCACCACCACGUAUUCUUGAUGGAAACCUUCCGCAUAUCACAAUCCAAUGCCCCGUUUACAAGGAGGGAUUGCAUUCCGUUAUUGCACCCACUGUCAAAUCAAUCAAACAAGCCAUUUCUACUUAUGAACUGCAGGGUGGCUCAGCCAAUAUGUUCAUUAAUGAUGAUGGUCUUCAAAUCAUUGAUGCAGACGAGCGCCAGGCUAGAAUUGACUUCUAUGCUGAUCACAGUAUUGGAUGGGUUGCUCGACCAAAGCAUGGGGACAAUUUCACCAGGAAAGGAAAAUGUAAGUUCCCUUGAUCCUAUUUUGAAGUCCAUUCGCUAAUAUUUUAAUAGUCAAAAAAGUAAGCCACCACGACGCCAUUGAUGCCAUUUCCCGCUAAAAGGGAUCUUCGAUCCUUUUAUGAACAAUAUUUAUUUUUUAAGCUGAAUCUUAUGCUAACCACAAUUCAUAGGCUUCUAAUAUGAACUUUGGACUCCACAUCUCUUGUAUGGUUGAGGAAAAGCUAGCUUUAAUUCAAAGACCUCUUGAUUGGACUCAAGCAGAUGAAGCACAAGCGUAUGGAAGAUGCCUGACAGAAGCCUUAGAAGAUAACGGCCGUGCAUGGGCUGACGGAAAUAUUCGAAUUGGUGACUAUAUCUUGUUGAGUAAGUGCAUCCAACUUAUUUCAAGUGGCUCCUCUGACGUAUUUCAGUUGAUUCGGAUACUCGUGUUCCAGAGGACUGUUUACUAGAUGCUUGUUCUGAAAUGGAACAGUCACCGGAGGUCGGCAUCAUGCAAUUCUCGUCUGGAGUUAUGCAGGUUGUUAAUACUUAUUUCGAAAAUGGCAUCACAUUCUUCACGAACUUAAUUUAUACUGCUAUUCGAUAUACUGUUUCCAAUGGCGAUGUUGCUCCUUUUGUUGGACAUAAUGCUAUUUUGCGUUGGUCAGCCAUUCAGCAGGUUUCAUAUGAAGAUGAGGAUGGAUAUGAAAAGUUCUGGUCGGAAUCUCAUGUGUCUGAAGAUUUCGAUAUGUCCCUCCGUCUUCAAGUUAAUGGAUACGUUAUUCGGUUGGCCGCAUGGGCUGGUGAAGGAUUUAAGGAGGGAGUGUCUCUGACUGUUUACGAUGAACUUGCCAGAUGGGAGAAGUAUGCAUAUGGUUGCAACGAGCUACUCUUUCACCCACUUCGUAUGUGGUUCUACAAAGGUCCAUUUACUCCUCUCUUCCGAAGAUUUUUACGUUCCAACAUUCCAUUCACCUCUAAGGUAACAAUUAUCUCCUACAUUGGUACUUACUACGCCAUUGGGGCUGCCUGGAUCUUGACCACCGCAAACUACUUCGCUAUCGGAUGGUACAAUGGAUACCUUGACAAGUACUAUGUCGAUUCUUGGAAAGUCUGGUUUUCCAUCGUAAUUGUGUUUAACGGUCUCGGAAACAUUGCCUUGGCAGUCAUGCGAUACAGAAUUGGCGAACGAAGCCUUGGGUAUGCACUCUACGAGAACUUCAAGUGGACACUUAUGUUGGCAAUUUUCCUCGGUGGCCUUUCACUUCAUGUUUCACAAGCACUACUUGCGCACAUGCUCGAAAUCGACAUGACCUGGGGUGCAACAUCAAAAGAAGCCGAGUUUAGUAACUUUUUCAUCGAAGUCCCAAAGGUUCUGAAGAGUUUCAAGUACUCCAUGAUCUUCUCUCUCUUGGGUAUAAUUAGCAUGAUCGUUCUGGCUACGGCUUCUUUCAUCCCAUACGAUUGGCGCAUUCAGGAUUUCGUCGCUAUUUUACCCAUGGCUACAGUUACGACUAGCCAUUUGCUUUUACCACUGGCUUUGAAUCCUGCCCUAAUGACAUUCUCGUGGUGAUUUCAUUUUCAGCAGCUUUCAUCACUUGUUCAGGGGCGUACUACUAAUUUAAAAUUUACAACUUACAAGGUUCUCCACGGUGUUACAUAUUGAGCUAGCUAGCUACUUCUUAGAUAUAAUUCAUAUGACCUUCUCUUAAUGAUUUUCGUUUCUUAUAUAAUUCGAGUGGCUG